CGUAAGUACAGAUGCAAGAUCUGUGAAAAGUGCUUCACCACGUCGGGCCAUCUGGCUCGCCAUUCAAGAAUCCACACCGGUGAGCGUAAACACGUUUGCCCUUUUGAAGGUUGUGGUGCUAAGUUUGCAAGACAGGAUAACUGCAUGCAA